GAAGUCUUCUAACUUUUAAGCUUUGUUAUUUCAGCCAUUAAUAAUAAUAAACCCAAAAAAGAAAAAGGAGAAAACGGACUAAAAAACGGUGACGUUUCUCUGUUCUGCCUGCCUGCCUGCCUGAGAUCCCAUCCCAAUUUCCACAAUGGUCUCUUACCCUUGAAACUGAAAAUUCCGGUCCUUUUCUCUUUCACUUUCUUCACCGUCUCGUUUUUGUUGUUUUAAGUAAAUUUGUAGCAAAGCAUUGAUCCAAUGCAAUCGAAUCGAUCCAUCUCUCCCUCAUUCCACAUAUUCAAAGUGAGCGAGCGAUUGAGAGCAUUACUUGAUCGUUGGCUUUGCCAUCUAUCCUAUAUUCAGCUUCUGAUAUCUCGUAUCAGAACUAUGGGCUGCUAAUUAGCUUUCUGAUUUGCAAGGUUUAUGGCUAAUAGCUUGGAGAUUUAUUUUUCAUCUAUGAUCUUUAGAUUGCAGCUGAGGUUAGUGGUGCUGUUGUUCCGUAGAGUGUGAUAAUGUCUGGGGAGGGAGGUGAGGUUAUUCAAGCGCCUGAAACUCAGGUGGAUGAUUCUUUGAAGCCUGAGAAACAAUUGUGUGAAACAAAUGGAAUUCUUUCCAAGGAAAAUGGUGUGUUUGAUGCCAACUUGAGUUCAGAUGACACUCAUGAUAAGCUUUUACAGACAGUUACUGAACUCAAAUUUGAGAAUGAAUCCCUAAAGUCUCAGCUGGAGGGCUUAAAAAAUUUCCAAUCACAACAUAACGGUCCAUCCCAAGAAACUAAUGUAAGCGGACAGGAAACAGGGUUAUCGGCAGAUGUAAAAAAACUACACGAAACGAUAGAAUCUUUGAGCAGAGAACUUAAUGAAGAAAAACAAACACAAGCUGCAGCAGAAGAGGCUGUAAAGCAUCUUCGAGCAGUCUACUCAGAAGCAGAUGCCAAAGCUCAAGAACUCUCUGCCAAGCUUGCUGAAGCUCAACAAAAGUUGGAUCAAGAAAUAAAAGAGCGUGAGGAGAAGUAUAAUGAGCUUGACUCGAAAUUUAACCGGCUUCACAAACGUGCGAAACAGCGCAUUCAAGAGGUUCAGAAGGAAAAGGAUGACCUUGAGGCCAGGCUUCAUGAAGUUAACGAAACACUUGGGCGAGCAUCAUCCCAACAGUCAGGACUGCAGCAAGAGCUCGAGCGCACACGUCAACAAGCAAAUGAAGCAUUAAAAGCAAUGGAUACAGAGAGACAGCAAUUAAGAAGUGCAAACAAUAUACUCCGAGAUAAUAUUGAGGAAUUGCGCCGUUCAAUGCAGCCUAAAGAAGAUGCACUCGAGUCAUUGCAGCAGUCACUUUUAGAGAAAGAACAGGUGUUGGAAGACUUGCGAGGAUUACUACAAGUUGCAGAUGAAAAAAGGCAAGUUUCAUUGGCUGAGCUAGCUGCUAAAAAUCAGAAGAAUAUAGAGAGCUUGGAAGCACAACUUGCUGAUGCUUUAUCCAAUAGAACCAAAGCCACUGAAACAAUUUCUUCCCUUCAGGUGCUAUUGGCAGAGAAAGAGUCUAAAAUUGCUGAUAUGGAUGUAGCUUCAACUGGCGAAGCUGCACGAUUAAGAGCAGCUGUAGAAUCUAUUAAAGGAGAGCUUGCACAUGUGAAACACGAGCAUGAGAAGGAAAAGGAAAGCUGGGAAGCUGCCUCUCAUGCAUUCAAAACAAAAAUGGAAAUUGCUGAGAGUAACUGCAUUCGUGCUGAAAUAGAAGCUGCUAAAAUGAGAAGUCAGCUGGAAUUAGAGGCGUCUCUGCAAACCCAGAUGCUAAGCACUAAAGAAGCUGAGCUAGCAGCUGCAAAAGAAGAGAUUAGCCACCUUGAAAGGGAAUUUUCCUCUUAUAAAAUUCGUGCACAUGCACUUCUCCAGAAAAAGGAUGCGGAGCUAGCAGCAGCCAAAGACUGCGAGCAAAUAAAAGCUCUUGAAGAAGCACUAAAAGAGGUAGAAAGAGAAGUGUCAUUGGUAUGUGGAGAAAGGGAUAGGGCCCAUCAAGAUCUUCUGGGUGUUUUACGUAAUCAUGACAAAGAACUUGCGGAAAGAGAUGCUGCACUUGAUAAUGCCAAACAGCAGAUCAAAAGUUUAGAGAUGAAUCUUGAUUCUGCUAAUGCUCGCCACCAAUCGGAGAAAGCUGCAUGGGAAAUAGACCUUAAAAAUUUGGAAGAAACUUGGAGAUUCAGAUGCGAAGCACUUACUGCUGAAAAUGAAGCAUCCUCUGGUGAAGAUAUACAAAAUGAAUUAGAGGAGACAAAACUACGAUAUAAGCGGUUGAAGGAGGAGCAUGCAUCACUCCGUGAUCUUGCUGAUAGAAUGAUUGAGGAGAAGGAUAAAGAAAUUUCUGGGCUUUUGGAUGACAACAAAAAUCUUCAACGAUCUCUGGAAUCAAGACAACUGGCUGAUCACACUGAGAAUUACAGCACAGUCUUUUCAGCCACGCAAAAACAAUAUGCUCCAAAUUUAAGCACCUCUGCAGCAGAACAGCAGAUUCUGCUUUUAGCAAGGCAGCAGGCUCAGAGGGAGGAAGAGCUGGCACAAUCACAGCGACACAUUUUAGCCCUUCAGGAAGAAAUUGAGGAGCUUGAACGUGAAAAUCGCCUCCACAGUCAACAGGAAGCUAUGCUGAAGGGGGAGCUUCGCAACAUGGAAAGAUCAAAAAGGAGAGAAGGUGUUGAUAUGACGUAUCUGAAAAAUGUUAUCCUAAAGCUUGUUGAAACAGGUGAAGUGGAAGCUCUACUACCUGUUGUAGGAAUGCUUCUUCAAUUUAGUCCUGAAGAGAUGCAGAAGUGUCAACAAGCCUACCGCACCUCUACUGAAGUUCCAUCAAAUCCAGCAAAUGAAGCUUCGGGACCAUCCCUUUCUCUUUUCUCAAGAUUUUCAUUUUCGUAAUGUAGAGUUCUUUUGUUGGAUGAGAAAAUCUUUGAUAUCUGCUUACCAGCUUCAGCCACAGUAGGUGUCUGCCCUCUGCCUGUGGACAUACCCAAAAGCAUAGCCGUGGCCACAGUAAAAUAUUGUUUUUUUUUUUUUUUGUAAAAUUAAGUCAUUAAUUACGUAAUUAUUCAGUUGUAAAGAGCACUCACGAGGAAGAAUGGUGCCCAAGGAACGUAUUCUUUUUCAUUUUUUUCUUAUUGAUUUUCACAACUCAAUGUACAGUAAAGAAUGUGGAAGAAACUAAAAUAAAGAACUAUAUAUACUAGCACUGAUACAAAUUUCCUCAUGACAUCCGUCAAAUUAUCCUGGUUGCUCAAAUAGACAUCAAUGCCAAUUUCCGUAGUAGUGACGCCGGAUUCCCAAGGAUGCACUGAUUUGGACUUUUUUCUUCGAUUUGAAUCUACUUGAUCUAAUGCCCUAAGUAAGGUUUAUUUCUUGAUUCUUUCUCUUGGGUACACGACAUCGUUCGGGUGUUUUUUUUUUUGGUUUCAACAUUAGGAAACAAACAAGCAAAAAAGCUUCUCAGAUCGCUGCAACAGUGAGAUUGGCAGGUCCUAGUGCAAUUAACACUGGAAAAGUGUACAUAAAAAUCAAAAGUCAAGCGACCUUUCAGCAUUUCCCGAAGAAGCAUGCAAUUUAUAUAUUAUUUCACAUUGAACGACUAAGAAUCUAAAUGGGAGAUGAAACUAGUAAAAAAGAAUCUGGCUAAACUUCCCCUGCUUGGAACUUUCAUCCAUAGUACUUAAUUCCGAACCAACAUAAAGCCAAAGCAAACAUAAAGGAGAACGCAACAGACUUGAGACAAAAAGAACAACCGCCCUU